UUGAAAACGUUGUCUUAACCCCGACAAGACCUCAUCAUGACCUCCGAACUUGAUACAUUGCAUAUUAUCAAAUUCCGUUCAGUCAACAUAAACUGCUUUUUGUAUACAACACGAUGUGAUACAUCCUUCUCUACGUCGGGGGUUGGUCGCUUUUUAAACGUCCGGCGGUAUGAGUACUUCUGGUAAUGACAAAAGGGCUGACGGACGCCCCGAAACCGUUCCUGAGAGUUCAACGUUAAAUGAUACACAAAGUAUCGUAACGCAUGAUCCUAUUGUUUCCGAGAACGACUCCGGUUUCAAUAGUCAUGCAAAGAAGCUGGUGUACCUUUUCACCAUUACCGUCUCUUUGUGGUUUGUUUUAAAGUUAUUAAGCGUGUCCAAAACACUUGAGAGAGUGACCGGAGCGAUUUUACAACGCCCUUCUGAAGAAACGGUUGAAAAUCAACCAUCAUCUUCUUGCGAAUCAAAUUCAACAAAUUCGUAUCUUACUCUUUCAAAGCCAGUUGACCAAUUAAUAAAGGAAACGUUUGCAGAUGAAUUUCAAAAGAUAACAAGCGAACAGAUAAAAACAAAAAAAGUUGGGAAUCAUAAGAAAAAGAAAAAACAUCACAAAGCCGGUCCUAAUCACAAACAAAAUUCAAUUAAAACUGUAAACGGAGGUCAUCAAGUAGCGAAAUCUGGGAACAAAGAUAAAAAAGAGUCGUACACAGAUAAGUGCCGAAGAGAAUUGGUUAAUUCCUUGAAGCAAUUGCUUCACGAUUACUCUGAUUCCCAAGACGACGAAAUACCGGUUGAAGUUAAAACAAAAAUGCGUCUAACGGAUACCCAAGUCCGAGUUCUAACGCUAAACGAUCGCGAACAUCAAGAUUCGGUUUUGUAUCGUUUAGAAAAAAAUUGGAUCCUACAAUUUCGACUAGGACCAUCUCUUUUUGGACGACGCGUUACUUUAUUCACAAACUAUCCGAUCACUACAGCCACCUCAAGCAUUCUUUCUUUUGAUCGGAAAACUUACCAUCGCGUUCCUUGGUGUUUAGACGAAGGCAAUGAAAAUUGUACCGAUGAUACGGUUUAUUACGCUCAAAUUUAUGCUGAAUUAGCGGGAAGUUUUCAUUAUUAUUUCACGUAUGAGAAUGCGGAAUCAACAGAUCCUCAAGGUUCUGGAUUUUUUAUGGUUAACCCCGUUUUAAAAUAUGGUAGAAAUGAGGAGCUCCCUUUAGAUGGAAUUCAAUGUCAAACAGUUUUGGCUAAGUGCAUGGGAGCUUUUCCGACGUGGGAGAAUAAAAUGAGGGUUACCAAAGAGUCUGGGUAUAAUAUGGUUCAUUUUACACCAAUACAGGAAUUAGGCGAUUCAAAUUCAUCUUACAGUAUUAAAGACCAACUCAAAGUUAACCCAAUCUUUAAUGAUGGACUUCAACCGGUGACAUUUGAUAGAUUGGAAAAAUUCAUUUCGAAAUUGAGAACUGAUUGGAAGAUCACUUCUAUUUGUGAUAUCGUUUUAAAUCAUACUGCAAAUGAAAGUCCUUGGUUAUUUGAUCAUCCAGAAGCAACUUACAAUUGUCUGGAUUGUCCCUACAUGAGACCAGCAUAUUUAUUAGAUGGAGCCCUUUAUCAAUUUUCAAGAGAUGUUGGAAGGGGUUUGUAUGAAAAUAGAGGAAUUCCAAGGGAAAUUUGUACGCCGGAUCACUUGAACGCGAUUCGUUACACAUUGCAUAGUGAAAUUUUGCCGGCUAUUCGUUUACAUGAAAUGUACGUUUGCGAUGUUAGCAAAUACGUUUCCGAAUUUUUAAGCAUCGCCAGGAAACGUACUCCGGGAUCGACUAGUACCGAUCAAAUCACUUUAAGUAAAAAAUUAAAAUUGAUUCAAGAUCAAAAAUAUCGGAGAUUGGCUGCAAAAAUUGAUAUGGAUUUGGCGUUAGAAACUUACAACAUUUAUAGGCCUGAUUCUUUUGAUGAAGAAACUCGUUUAAAAAAGUGUUCAGAAGAUUUCAAACGUAAAUUGGACGAGCUAAAUGGAGAAGCGAUUAAUGAGAUUGGAGUUCAUUUAAAUGCUGCUGUUGAUAAUUGUAUUUCCGGUAUUCGUUAUUUCCGAGUACAACCUGACGGGCCGAGAAUUAAAGAAGUUUCGCUUAAAAAUCCGUUAGUUUAUCGUUAUUUCACCGAUUACGAUGAUCCAAGAAGCAUAAAAGAACACGAAAACAUAAUGUACAGCGAAAAAUCGAAAUAUCUUAUGGCCCAUAAUGGUUGGGUUAUGAAUUCUGAUCCUUUAAAAAAUUUCGCGGCUCCAGAUUCGAACGUGUAUUUGCGAAGAGAAUUAAUAGCUUGGGGCGAUAGCGUGAAAUUACGUUAUGGUGAAAAACCGGAAGAUUGUCCUUAUUUAUGGCAACAUAUGAGAAAUUAUGUUGAACAAACUGUCCAAAUUUUCGAUGGAGUACGUUUAGAUAAUUGUCAUUCAACUCCAAUUCCUGUAGCUGAAUAUUUACUCGAUUGUGCAAGAAAAGUUCGACCGGAUUUAUAUGUAGUUGCUGAAUUAUUUACUAAUUCGGAUCAAAAAGAUAACAUAUUUGUUAAUCGAUUAGGAAUUACUUCAUUAAUAAGGGAGGCUAUGGCUGCUUGGGAUUCCCACGAAGAAGGCCGAUUAAUUUAUCGAUUUGGUUGUGAUCCUGUUGGCGCUUUUUACCAACCAAAUAUUAGACCUUUAGUUCCUUCAAUAGCCCACGCUAUCUUCUUGGAUCUCACUCACGAUAAUCCAUCACCAGUUCAAAAACGUUCAGUUUUUGAUCUUUUGCCAUCAACUGCUUUAGUAAAUAUGGCUAAUUGUGCAAGCGGAUCAAAUAGAGGUUACGACGAAUUGGUACCUCAUCAUAUUCAUGUGGUUGAUGAGAAACGUCAAUACACUGAAUGGACGGACGAACCUAAAAACAUAAUUUACGAUAAUCCUAAAUUCGUAUCAAGAAAUUCUGGAAUCAUAGCCGCAAAAAAAGCUUUAAACGAUCUUCAUUUUCAAUUGGGUUUAAAUGGUUACGAUCAAGUUUACGUAGAUCAAAUGGACGCGGAUAUCGUCGCAGUUACCCGACACAAUCCAAGUGCUCACGAAAGUGUGAUUAUGGUCGCUUUUACCGCUUUUAAUCAUCCCGAUCCGAACGAAGAAAUUUACCAAAGAAAUAUUAAACCGUUAACAGUCGAAGGAACUUUAGAUGAAAUUAUUAUUGAAGCUUCGAUUGGGCAUAUUGCGGGAAUGGGUGGAACCGGAUCAAGAUAUGCAAGAAUAAAUAGUUUCGAUAAAGACACUCAUUACAUUAACGGUUUAAAUGAGUAUGGAUUAACAAUGCGGCAACAUAUCCAAUUAUCUGAAUCGGAUGUUUUUAAAUGGAUUGAUACAGAUCGAACGCACGUAACCGUUUUGGGAUUUAAAAAUUUUAAACCCGGUUCAAUCGUAGCGAUAAAAGUUUCUAUGCCAAAAAUGGUCAGAGAAUCGAUUCGUUAUGUUCGAGAUCUUUUAACAUCGUUUUCACGAAACGACGCGAGAAGUUUAACGCAAGUCGUUAACCAAAUGAGUCUCGCCGAUAUUAAUAGAGCUUUAUAUCGAUGCGAUCAAGAAGAAAGAGAUGAAGGCCAUAAUAGCGGCGUUUACAGCAUUCCAAAUUAUGGACCUUUGGUUUAUUGCGGACUACAAGGAAUCAUUUCAUUAUUAGCUAAAAUUCGACCUACAAACGAUUUGGGACAUCCAUUAUGUUGUAACUUACGCGAAGGUGAUUGGUUAAUUGAUUACAUCUGGAGAAGGCUUCAAUUAGAUGAAGGAACGAAACCUUUAGGAAUUUGGUUCGAAGAAAAUACAAUUCAAUUGAAACGUCUCCCGAGAUAUUUAGUUCCAUGUUAUUUUGAUGCGAUUAUUACUGGGGUUUUUACUGUUGUUUUAGAUCAUGCAUUUAAUUUGAUGUCUGAGUUCGUGAGGAAUGGAUCUACUUUUGUUCGAGCUUUAGCAAUGGGAUCUGUACAAUUUGGAGCUUUUAUCAGAUCGGCUAAUUUACCGAUGUUAUCGCCAGAUAUUGCACCUCCUAGACCACCACAAAGGAGAAAUGAAAGAGGAAAUUUAAUACAAUCUUGUAUAUCAUUAGCAGCAGGUUUACCACAUUUCUCAGUUGGUUAUAUGCGAAAUUGGGGAAGAGACACCUUUAUAGCCCUUCGAGGUCUUCUUUUAAUAACAGGUCGAUAUGACGAAGCAAGAUACCACCUUUUAGCGUACGCCGGCUGCUUGCGACAUGGCUUAAUACCAAAUUUAUUGAGUCAAGGUAAAAAUGCUCGUUACAAUUGUCGAGAUGCCGUUUGGUGGUGGCUCUAUUGCAUUAAAAGUUACGUCGAAGAAGCCCCAUCUGGUUUAAAUAUUUUAAAAGAUAACGUGAUUCGUCUUUUCCCGACCGAUGAUAUCCGCGACGAAGAUUUUAUGCCGCAACAAAGUUUGCACGACGUAAUUCAAGAAGCGUUAAAAGUACAUUUUCAAGGGUUGAUAUUUAGGGAAAGAAACGCGGGGAGGCAAAUCGAUGAGCACAUGUCCGAUAAAGGUUUCACGAUACAAAUUGGGGUACAUCCGGAAACUGGGUUUGUUUUUGGCGGUAGUGAUGCGAAUUGCGGGACGUGGAUGGACAAAAUGGGGUCGUCGGAUAAAGCGGGAAAUCGCGGAAAACCGGCGACGCCUCGGGACGGUUCUGCAAUUGAAAUUGUCGCUUUAACCAAAGCGGUUGUGCAAUGGUUACAUGAAUUGCAUAUUGACGGACAAUACCCGUAUGAUGGUGUUGAAAGAGUUGGAAAAAAUAAUGUUCAUACUAAAUGGACGUUUGGGCAAUGGGCUGAGAGGAUACAAAAUAAUUUUGAAAGACAUUUUUGGAUUAGUCCGGAACCGGUGAAAGGGGAAGAACGACCAGAUCUUAUUCAUAAACGUGGGAUGUAUAAAGAUUGUUAUGGGGCAACCCAAGAUUGGUCCGAUUUUCAAUUGAGAUGUAAUUACCCCAUUGCGAUGGCGAUUGCACCGGAAUUAUUCGAUUCGGAUCAUGCUUGGAUCGCGUUACAAACAGCAGAAAAACAAUUAAUGGGUCCAUUGGGGAUGAAAACUUUAGAUCCUGAUGAUUGGGCCUAUAAUGGUGACUAUGACAAUUCUAAUGAUUCCGAUGAUAUUAAAGUUGCGCACGGAUUUAAUUAUCAUCAAGGACCGGAAUGGGUUUGGCCAAUGGGAUACUUUCUAAGGGCGAAAUUACAUUUUGCUAAAAUUCAAGAUGAAUUAGAUGACACUGUGGAUAGUAUUAAAGGAGUUUUAUCGAAACAUUAUUCUGAAAUACAAAUGUCUGAUUGGAAAGGACUCCCUGAGUUGACCAAUUCUAAUGGAAGCUUUUGUAAGGAUAGUUCAAGAACGCAAGCAUGGAGUAUGUCUGCAAUUUUAGAGGUUUUAUAUGAUCUGCAACAAAUAGAUGGCAACGAACGGCAUACGACAAAUUGACUGCACGUUUUAGAGGGGGAACAAUUAAAAAAUGCCUAUAGACCACACAGACAAAAAAUACCCCCACCCCAUUUUCAAAAUGUCCCAGCGUUCGAUAGAAAUAAAAAGUAUUUCGUUUUGAAUAAAAAGAAAACGUUGAUUCGCGCAGGUAGCAAAUUUUUUAAAAACAAAUUGAGGGGUAACAUAGAACGCAAGAAAAACCCGACGUUUAAACACGCUCUGUUUAAAAAACAGUACAAAAUGAGGAAACCAAAAACGGUUGUUUGUUUUCCGAACAUCUACAGCGAUUUGUAUUUUAAACACGGCGAACCGUUAUAUGGGCAGUUAUUUAAUUAUAACGAAAUUUUCUUCACCGAAAAUUCAUCGACGUUGUUACGAUUAUUUAAUUGUACGCAAAAAGGUAUUAAUUAUAUGCCUGUUGUAACAAGACCAUCACCUGCCUUCGAUUUUCCCGGUGUCCUUCUCGUGUCUUCCGUUAGUUUCAUAAAAAAUCCGAAUGUUUUUACGAAUUUGAAUUAUAGAGUGAAUAAGGGCUCGUUUAAUGAUUACAAACCGAUGAUAACUUUAAGCACAAUUGCCGUUACUGAAUAUUUUCCUAGGAUACAAAUAGACUAUAAAAUUGGGCGUGUAUGUGCGGGAUCAAAUAAAAUAGUUCCUCCAAGUAGAAGUCUUGCUACAUUGGAAGCGAUUUCACCUUGUUGCGCUGAGGAAGUUCCAGCUCGUUGCGUACCGACAAUAACGAAACAAGAAGAAAUUGUUGCUGAAGAACGUGCGUUAGUUCCUAAAGAAAAAAAUGUUUUGUUAUUGGAACCUUUGUUAUUACAAAAGAUGUCUCAUAAAUCACCGGAAUCCCAGCGACAACAACGCGUCGAGUUUAAUAAGAAUGUUCGACUGUUGAUAUUGUAUUCUUUUUUAUGCUUUGCUUUGGCGAUAAUUAUAUUCUUUUCAAUUUACUUAUAAGAUAUAUAAGCAAUGAUUUAUGUAACCGUCCUUUAUAUAUGUAUAAUUAAAAUGAAAGAUUGUUAUUUUUUAAGGUAUAAGAAUUAAAAAUAAAAUAAGUUCA